GAUGACCAUCAUCUCUCUGCUCCUGCUGGCCUCUCUGCUGCCACACCUGACCUUCACUGCUCAUGUGAAUGUGGGUAUAGUGAACGGCACAGAAGCAAAACCCCACUCCAGACCUUACAUGGUUUCUAUUCAAUCGAAUGAGAUGCAUGUCUGUGGUGGAUUCCUUAUUUCUGAUGAGUUUGUGUUGACUGCUGCACAUUGCUGGAACAGAUCUGAGAUUCUGACGGUUGUGGUUGGUGCUCAUGACUUAAGGAAAAGUACGAGUUCAGAUCGUAUUGGAGUGAAGUCCUACAUCCCACAUCCAAGCUAUAUUUCUCAGUUUUCUUGGAAUGACAUCAUGCUUUUGAAGUUACAGAAAAAUGUCAACAUAAACAACUAUGUUAAAUGGAUUUCAUUGCCAAAGAAUGGAGAAGAUGUUGCGGCAAACACUCUCUGUAGUGUUGCGGGCUGGGGACAACUGGAGACUGAAGGCCCAAAGAGCGAUCGCCUAAUGGAGGCAAACGUGCAUAUAACGAAUAAUAGAGAAUGUCAAAAGAAGUGGGGAGAGAUGUUCUCAUUCUCACAGAUGCUGUGCACACAUGGCCAUGGUGGAUCCUGCCUUUUUGAUUCUGGGGGUCCUUUGGUUUGUGGACACACUGCAAUUGGUGUCACAUCUUUUGGAUAUAACUUACUCUGCAAUUCACUUGAGAAACCUAAUGUGUAUAUUAAGAUUUCACCAUUUAUUCCAUGGAUUAACAGCAACAUUUGAAAUGUGAAGUGAGUUAAGUUCUUGAAUUUUUCUGCAUGACCUCUUUCAAUAAAAGUAUCA